AACUGGAACAGGGGCACGGGCGUCGUUCCAGGAGGAGGCGGGGCGUGUGUAAGCUGACCCAACGCCAACUGCAAAGAACAUUUCCAAAUUUCCGGAUUGGGUCCUGAAUAGAGUGCUCAUAAUCCACCAACCUACUCAUUCGUCUAGUUCUUCGCCGGCCGAUUGAGCGAGACGCAUUAAUUCAUGUUUGUCUUGAGAGAGUCAAGCUUGCCAACUUGUUGAUGGCAGGCGAGAUGCAGCCUCACCUCCCAUAAGUCUAAUCCAUCCAGUCGAGUUCCCACCCAACCUACCUACCUAGGUGCCUACCUACAUUUAGCCGCCGCCAUCAUGUCCCACCACCGAGACCACGACCGGGACGGCGACCUUUCGCUCUUGAAUCAACCAGGCCCGUCCAAACCCAGAAUGUCGCGCGAGUCUCUCUCCUCCGUCAGCACGACGAGCCUCGUCUUCGAGCGCAUCCACGACCGCCUCGCCCACGAACGCUCCCCCAAGGGCCACCGCGGUGGCCGCGAUGGCGCCUACUACGCCGCCCGCGACGGCCGGGCAGGCGUCGAUGACGACGACGAAGAAUAUGAAGAAGACGACCGGCUGAAGGAAGAGCUGGCCGCCGACGACCUCGAGACGGGGCCCUUCCUGGCCGGAAAUGGGUCCUCUCGCGGAGGCGGCGGGGCUGGAACACGCGGCGGCGCAGGCGGCAGCAAGCAAAUGGACCGGUCGCUGCGGCGGGCGCUGAUUGCGGGGUCGGUGCUGUUCGUCUGCAUCUGGCUGAUCGGCGCCUUCGUGUACAUAUCGGCGGGGCGGAACGAGCAGCACACGUCAGGGGCCGCGGUGAGCAGUCACGCCCCACAGGCGACGGCGGGCACGCAGACCCCCGACGCCAACGCCGACGCCGCGACCAGCAAGGUGACGCUCGACCAGGUGCUGGGCGGCCAAUGGCUCGCCAAGCACCACGGCAUCAGCUGGAUCGCCGGCGCCGAUGGCGAGGACGGCCUGCUGCUGGAGCGCGGCGCCGCGGGGAAGGACUACCUCGUCGUCGAGGACGUUCGCUCCCAGAACCCGGAGAUCGCCGACGGCGGGGACGGGGUUGCCGGCGUGCAGGGCACAAAGUCGCUGAUGGCGAGGGGCACGUUUGCCCAUGGGGGCCGAUACCACAAGCCCGACGACGCGGUGCCGAGCCAGGACCUGCGGAGGGUCCUGCUCGCCACGGACAAGCAGUCGAACUGGCGCCACUCGUCCACGGCCGUGUAUUGGAUUUUCGACGUCGAGACCCAGAGCGCGGAACCGCUGGUGCCGGGAGAGCCGGGCGCGAGGCUCCAGCUUGCCAGGUGGAGCCCAACGAGCGAUGCGAUCGUCUUCACGAGGCAAAACAACAUAUAUCUGCGGAAGGUCGGAGAUAAGGAAGUCAAGAAGGUCACGCAGGACGGAGGGCCCGAGGUUUUUAACGGGGUGCCUGACUGGGUCUACGAAGAGGAAGUCCUGGGCGGGGCCAGCGCGACUUGGUGGUCGCAGGACGGAAACUAUUUCGCCUUCUUGAGGACGAAUGAGUCCGGCGUCCCUGAAUAUCCGGUCCAAUACUUCGUCUCGCGACCCAGCGGCGUGCAGCCCGAGCCAGGCGAGGAGGCCUACCCGGAGGUUCGCAUGAUUAAGUAUCCCAAGGCUGGAGCCCACAACCCUAUCGUCGAUCUGAAGUUCUACGACGUCCAAAGAGGUGACGUCUUUGAUGUUAAGGUUUCGGAUCGCUUUUCGGAUGAUGACAGACUCAUUACCAGCGUCCUCUGGGCUGGGGGUAAGGUCGUUAUCAAGGAGACAAAUCGCGUCAGCGAUGUUAUGCAUGUCUUACUCGUCGACGUUGCCUCGAGAACGGGGAAGACAGUUAGAACCGUGGACGUGAAGAGCAUCGACGGAGGGUGGUUUGAGAUCUCGCAGAGCGCCCGCUACAUACCAGCAGACGCCACGAAGGGCCGCAAAGACGAUGGCUAUAUCGAUACUGUCAUUCACGAGGACAGGGAUCAUCUGGCGUACUUUGUCCCCCUCGACAAUCCCGAACCUAUCAUGCUUACGUCGGGAAAGUGGGAAGUUGUGAAUGCCCCCUCCGCCAUCGACCUGGAAAGGAACCUGGUUUACUUCGUUGCGACCAAGGAAUCGUCCAUCCAACGCCACGUGUAUAGCGUCAAGCUCACCGGGAAGGAUCUGACCCCCUUAACAGACACUACGGGAGAGGGCUACUACGAUGUGUCUUUCUCGAAUGGAGCUGGAUAUGCUCUUCUUUCGUACCAGGGACCAGAGGUUCCUUGGCAGAAGGUGGUCAGCACCCCCAGCAAUCCCAACCAAUACGAGCACAUAGUCGAACAGAAUGCAGGACUCGCCGAGAGCGCCAAGCGGCACGACCUCCCGGUCAAGAUCUACGGCACAAUCAACGUCGACGGGAUCGACCUCAACUACGUGGAACGCCGCCCGCCGCACUUUGACAAAAACAAGAAAUACCCCGUCCUCUUCCAGCAAUACAGUGGCCCAGUCUCUCAGUCCGUGAACAAAAGGUUCGCCGUCGACUUCCAGUCGUAUGUGGCCUCCAACCUGGGCUACCUGGUUGUGACCGUCGACGGCAGAGGCACUGGCUUCAUCGGCCGGAAGGCGCGCGUAAUCAUCCGCGGCGACCUGGGCCGGUGGGAGUCGCACGAUCAGAUCGCGGCAGCGAAGCACUGGGCGGGCCUAGACUACGUGGACGCCUCUCGCCUCGCCAUAUGGGGCUGGUCGUACGGCGGGUACACGACGCUCAAGACGCUCGAGCAGGAUGCCGGGGAGACGUUCAGCUACGGCAUGGCGGUCGCGCCCGUCACGGACUGGCGCUUUUACGACAGCAUCUACACCGAGAGGUACAUGCUCACGCCGCAGGUCAACGAAGGGGGCUACGACAGAAGCGCCAUCAACAACGUCACCGCCCUGUCGCAGAACGUCCGGUUCCUGCUCAUGCACGGCGUUGCCGACGACAAUGUUCACAUGCAGAAUUCGCUGGUGCUGCUGGACAAGCUGGACUUGGACAACGUCGAAAACUACGACGUCCACGUGUUCCCCGAUAGCGAUCAUGGAAUCUACUUCCACAAUGCCAAUCGGAUCGUGUACGACAAAUUGUCCAAUUGGCUCAUCAAUGCUUUCAAUGGGGUGUGGCUCAAGGUCAAUGAUGCGAAGCCCAUUGAUACGAAGAGGGAACUGGAUCUCGAAGGGAGUCAAUAGCCUCGGAUUAUUCUGUAAACCGCCAGCUCGUGUAAGAUGAUCUGGAGUUAUAGGAGGGAAACAUUACAGCAUGGCGUUCUAGGACUGAAGACAGGAAAAACGUCCCAGCAAGUGUUGAUAAACAGACACCACAUUUCUUUGCUUUCAGGUGUAAACAAUAAAGGAACUAAAGUCUGCUUGGUAGCUCCAACUUCCAUCCCAUACCCAUCCCAACGCGCCGCACUCCUAUAACACCACUCACUCAAGCGAAGCGACCCUUCCCCUAAGAAAAAACCGCACCCGAUAGCAAACCCCCUUUUGCUGGAAAGCGCCCCCAACAAGCCUAAAAAAAAGAAGAAAAAAGAAGAAAGAAAAGAAAAGAAAAAAGGGACAGAACAAACACGCCCGUCCCGUCCACCCUAGGUCUGGAUGAGCUGCGGCGCCUCCUCCA